AUGUCGGCUGGCGCACAGAGUCCAGCUGCCGCCGCUGCCGCCGCUGCAGCGGAGCAAAGAAGAGAGAUUCUUUUUGCAGAAUGGCUUGCCAAGAAUCACAGCACAGCACGAUACUGGGCCGCAGCAACAGGACUACUGGUUGGGUUGUGCGUCGUCUCGCACUGGUCACAAAAAUUGUACAGCACACAUUUGUCACGGAAACCAAAUGCUUUACGGUCGACAGUGAGAGCAAUCGCAGGUCCCAUGCAACGACUGAGCACAGCACGAUCAGUAGGACCAGUGACAAUCCUACCCGGAAAAUUCACUCUGGCAAUGCUCUACUUUGCUAUCAAUGCAGCUUUGACAUUCUACGACAGCCCUCAAAACGCCCCCAUGAAAACCAUGCUGUCGAAGAGAUUCGGAUGGAUAGCUCUCCUCAAUCUCCUCCUCACAGUCUUUUUGGGUCUCAAAAACACCCCAUUAUCUCCCCUAGCCGGCCACUCCUUCGAUAGUCUCAACAUUUUGCACCGCUGUGUCGGCUAUACAACAAUUCUCUACAUGAUUCUCCACUCCACAACCUACACCGCCUUCCUCUUCGAAUCUGGAUUUCAGUCCGUUUUGGCAGACCCCAAAGAAUAUGCCGGUGCAGUCUCAGGUUUCUCUAUGCUGGCUCUCCUCGCAACUUCAAUCGGACCUGUCCGGAAACGUGUCUACGAAGUCUUUUACGCAGCUCAUAUCAUCCUCGUCGGGAUCAUUAUCAUCGCUCUAGGACUGCAUAGGCCAGAAUACACGAUCAAAGCUUUCAUUAUUACAAGCUUGGCGGGAGGCCUCUGGCUCGCAGAUCAAACCUUCAGAUUUUCCCGAUGGAUCUACCACAACUCGACUGCUACACUCCACCCUCUCCCCGGCAACGCAACUCUCGUAAAACUCAACAAACCCAUCUCCGCAGCCCCAGGUUCAUCCGUCUUCCUCUGGAUCCCCUCCAUCAAAAAAUUCCAACGCCAUCCAUUCACCCUCGUUUCCGCCUCACCUCAAGCAACACUCCUCAUAAAAUCCCGCGCCGGGUUUACUCAAUCCCUCUACGACACCGCUUGCUCGAACCCCAGUGUCAUGCAUUUCCAAGCCAGUAUUGAAGGUCCUUAUGGCCACGUCCCCAACGUCCACGAGCACUUUCAAAAAGUUUUGCUCAUUGCUGGAGGUUCUGGAGUGACGUUUACCAUGGCUUUGGCUUUAGAAUGGAUUCGAAAAAGAAAGACGCCGAGGGAUACGAGGGUCUUGCAGUUUUACUGGUGUGUGAGGGAUUCGGCUUGUUUGGAAUGGUUUGCGGAGGAAUUCAAAGAACUUGGGAAGGAGAGGAGAGUUGAUGUUAAGGUCUUUUGUACCGCAGAGAGGGAAGGAGGCAUUAAUGAUGUUAGUGAGAGGAGUAGUGUUGAGAAAGAAUUCAUUGGCGAUGAAGAGAAAUUGGGAUCUAUGGGCAAUUUGAGUCGUGUGGCUGUGAGAGGUUCGCGAGAAGAAGUAAGGAGGGAAGUUUCUGGCAGACCGGACGUGAGGGCUCUCGUGGGUGGUGCGGUGGAAGGUCUGAGUGAGGAUGAAAGGGUGCUCAUUGCUGCUUGUGGGCCUGAAGGGUUGUUGAAUGAUGUCAGGAAAGCAGUUGCUGUGAGUCGGGUUGCUAAAGCGCCUAGUAUUGAGAUGUUUUUGGAGAAAUUUUCGGUUUGA